AUGAAGUUGAUGCAGGCAAAGAAUCCGUUGCUAGCAACCCUCUUGUUCCUGGCUGUCACUCACUGUGUGAUUUGCCAAAGUGGCUUGGCCCGCAGUAGCCCAGCCUGCCGCCCUGCCAAUGCCACCAUUGCAGCUGAGAAGGAUGACUGCCCUGUCUGCAUGACCAUCACCACUUCCAUCUGUAGUGGUUACUGUGUGACCAAGGAAAUGGUGUGGAAGACUGUCCGGUCCUCCUACAACCAAAGCGUCUGCACUUACAAAGAAGUACGCUAUGAGACUGCGCUUCUGCAAGGCUGUCCACCAGGUGUUGACCCGUCCUUCACCUACCCUGUGGCUCUCAGUUGUCACUGUGACCUCUGUAGGCUGGAUUCCAGUGACUGUACUGUUCAGAGCACUGGGCCUGACUCCUGCAGCAACCAAAACCGCCUUGCCUAA